AUGACUUUCUCUUUCUGGAGGUUAAUCUCAGUUUUGAUGUAAUUCAUUCAAGUUAUUUUAUGUUUAUUACUCGCUUUCAAAAAUGUGUAAUUGAAUUAAAUCAAAUAUGAUGAUGAAUAGCCUCUUAUUUUCACAUUGGAACAAUAAAAAAUAAAUCCUAUAAAUUAAGCAAAUCUUUAAUUAAACAAAUUAUUAAAAUAUUUAUUCAUUACAAAUUAGGAUAUGAAUUAUAUCAGAUAUAAUAAAAAUAACAUUUAAAAAUCAAGGUCUUCUAUGAAGCAAAAGAAUUAACCUUGUAAAAGCAGUGGCAAUCCUUGCUAGAAACGCCCAUCGAAUUUUUUUGGGAAAUUGUUAAAAUUUAGCUAAAGCCUCUUUGUCUAAGAAGACUUUCAAGAGGAUGUGUAUCCAAUUCAGCAUCAUCAAGGUCAAAAUAGCCUUCAAGAGGGACAAAAAAAGAAAAUACCUCUCCUGAAUAAACCUUUAAAACAUCUACUGACUAUCUUGGAACAUAAAUCCAGUUAUUCAUCAUAAUUAGAGUAGCAAUGA